GACCAUAAGCAUACUACAUUAACCAACUUCCCCACCAAGAAAAAAACACAGUUGAAAACAACAAAAAAUUAGAAAAAGAAAAAAAUGGGGUGGCAAUGGAAGGAAGAACACCUGGAUUUGAUCCUGGUGCCAUUAGGGUUCUCGAUCAUGUGCAUCUAUCAUAUUUUCCUUCUACACAUAUACAAUAAGUGUCACACUCAAACUGCAAUCGGCUACGAGAAUGAUAACAAGGAGGCCUGGGCCGAAAAAAUGCUUGAGCUUCGUAAUACAGAGAGAGGGUUUGCUGCGAGUGUUCUCAACGGACAUUUGACAGCCGCAUCCACCCUGAGUUCAAUCUCUCUGGUUCUAUGUUCUCUGAUCGGAGCCUUACUCGGAAACUCAUCUAAUUUCCUUACAGACAGUUUCAUCUUAGGGAACGCCAGUCGGUCCACCAGGACCAUCAAGUACAUGGCGGUUUUGUCUUGCUUUUUCGUGGCAUUUGUUUGUUUUGUACAGACGUCAAGGCACUUUGUUCAUGGGAGUUUCCUCUUAUGCAUGCCCGUCGAUGAUAAGGACGGUGAGGUUGUGAAAUGCCUCCGUAAGGCAGUGAAAAGAGGCAGCAUAUUCUGGGCCUUUGGAUUGCGAGCACUCUACUUUGCGACCACUUUGCUUCUGUGGAUAUUUGGUCCGAUUCCAAUGUUUGUUGGUUCAGUAGCUACAGUGGUGCUUUUGUAUAAUCUGGAUUUUAAUAAAGAAACUGGAAAGAUUACGUAUGAACAGAGUAGCAAAAGUGAACAUAAUACCAAAAGUAAUGGUGUUGAGAAUGGAGUACUUGCUUCUGGGACUGAUGCUAGUAUUGAUAUUCAGGAUGCAGUACUUAGAAAUUGAGUAGUUUAGAGGAAGGUUAAUUUUGUAACAUAAUUGUAUAUUCCAUGUUUGUUUAUUGAUCAGUGUUACCUUCAUGUUUUUAUUUUCUUUUAGAUAUGUUUGAGUGGCAAUUUUCAUA